CAACACUCUCUUCAGUUGACUGGUAGAAGACGCGGUUCCAGUGUACUAAGUAAACUAAUCGCUCACUGUCCUUUUAUUCUCCGCGUUGCUUCCAUGUCUCUUCCUAUCUCACUACCAAUCUUGAAAUCGGAGAUAUCACUUUAUUCUAAGGGAGCAGCGAAUUAGGGUUUUGAACGCCAUGAUUGUAAUGUUCUUUGUCUGAUCAUUGGUUGAUGAUGAUGUUAAAUGCUACUUAUUAAGAAGAAUCUGAGAUGUAUCGUAAGAGUUUUUGUUCAGUGACUCAGAGCAUUAUUAAUUCCCCAUUACCAUAAACAAUCAAAGGAGAAUGGGGUCAGAGGGAAACAUGAAGAACUCGGUUGUGACACAAGUAAGCAUUGGUGGGUUUGGGGAGACAACAACUGCAAAAGAGCUUACAGAUUACCUUGAAGAAGAAGUAGGACUCGUUUGGCGAUGCAGAUUAAAAACUUCUUGGACUCCUCCUGGGUCUUAUCCUGAUUUCGAGAUCACAGACACUUCAAACAUCCCCACAUUUGAUGGCUACAAGAGAGUGGAGCCUCAUGCGUUUGUCCAUUUCGCGGUUCCUGAGUCUGCAGGUCGUGCAAUGGAUGCUGCGGGGCAGUCCAAGCUCAUCCUCGAUGGCCAGCCUUUGAAAGUCAGCUUGGGGCCUAAGAACCCAUACACACUUAACCAGAGAAGAAGAACGACAACACCUUAUAAGCUGACUGGUGUUUCGAUUGAGAUUGGGACCUUGAUUGCCCGGGAUGAGUUUCUUGUCUCUUGGAGAGCUGAAGGGGUUGAUUUCCUCGUAGACCCUUUCGACAACACCUGCAGAUUUUGCUUCACAAAGAGCACUGCCUUCUCUUUGAAGGACACAAUGAUGUAUGCUGUGAUCAACUGUGAUUAUAAGUUGGAGUUAUUGGUGAGAGACAUACGAACACUCAGGCAGUAUAGAACUCUGGAUGGCUAUGUGCUACUCUUGCAGCUGGCUUCAUCACCCCGUGUCUGGUACAGAACAGCGGAUGAUGAUAUAUAUGAAACUGUCCCUGUCGAUCUCUUGGAUGAUGAUGACCCUUGGAUCCGUACCACUGAUUUUACCCAAGCUGGAGCAAUUGGCCGAUGCCUUUCAUAUCGAGUGCUCAUCUCUCCUCGGUAUGAGAAGAAAAUGAAUACAGCAUUGGACUAUCUAAGGGCGCGGAGAGUGCAAGAGGAACGUGUGAGGUGGCCUCCCAGGAUUCGUGAUGAGCCCUGUUUUGGGGAGCCUAUUACAGAUCAUUUCUUCUGCAUUCACCACAGGGAAGGAAUCUCCUUUGAGAUCAUGUUCCUAGUAAAUGCGGUGCUGCACAGAGGGGUUUUUAACCAAUUUCACUUGACUGAGCGCUUCUUUGAUCUUCUUAGAAACCAACCCAAGGAUAUCAAUAUUGCUUCUCUCAAGCAUCUCUGUACCUAUAAACGGCCUGUUUUUGAUGCGUACAAGAGGCUGAAGCUUGUUCAGGAAUGGAUUCAGAAAAAUCCAAAGCUUUUAGGGAGUCAUGUACAGUUGGAUGAUAUCUCUGAGAUCAGAAGGCUAGCGAUUACUCCAACCAGAGCUUAUUGCCUACCCCCAGAAGUUGAACUCUCCAACAGGGUACUCAGGAAAUACAAAGCAUUGUCUGAUAGAUUUUUGCGCGUAACUUUCAUGGACGAAAGCAUGCAGACCAUGAACUCAAAUGUUCUUUCUUACUUUGUUGCUCCGAUUGUGAAGGACCUUACAUCAAGCUCUUUCUCUCAGAAGACCCACGUUUUCAAAAGAGUCAAGACCAUAUUAACCGAUGGGUUUAAACUAUGUGGUAGAAGAUACAGUUUUCUAGCAUUCUCGGCCAAUCAGCUCAGAGACCGCUCUGCAUGGUUUUUCGCUGAAGACGGGAAAACAAGAGUGUCGGAUAUAAAGACAUGGAUGGGGAAGUUCAAAGACAAGAAUGUGGCAAAAUGCGCUGCUAGGAUGGGCCUGUGCUUCUCCUCCACAUACGCCACUGUAGAUGUCAUGCCUCACGAGGUUGACACCGAGCUUCCAGAAAUAGAGAGAAAUGGGUAUACUUUCUCUGAUGGAAUUGGUACAAUCACACCUGACCUCGCUUUAGAAAUAAUGGAGAAACUUAAGUUGGAUUCGCACUGCAGCCCUUGUGCUUACCAGAUACGUUACGCCGGUUUCAAAGGAGUUGUUGCUCGUUGGCCAUCAAAAGAUGAUGGGAUCCGGUUAGCCCUUCGACACAGUAUGGAUAAGUUCCACUCUAAGCAUACAAUCUUGGAGAUCUGUUCAUGGACCAGGUUUCAACCUGGGUUCUUAAACCGGCAGAUAAUUACCCUACUGUCUGUGCUUGGUGUUCCAGACGAAAUAUUCUGGGAUAUGCAGGAAACUAUGCUCUGUAAACUGAACCGCAUCCUUGAUGACACCGAUGUCGCAUUUGAAGUUCUUACAGCAUCAUGUGCUGAACAGGGAAACACUGCAGCUAUCAUGCUAAGUGCAGGAUUCAAACCAAAGACUGAGCCACAUCUACGAGGAAUGCUGUCUUCAGUCAGGAUUGCACAACUCUGGGGUCUCAGAGAAAAAUCUCGUAUUUUUGUUACUUCAGGAAGGUGGCUAAUGGGUUGCUUAGACGAAGCAGGGAUACUUGAGCAGGGCCAAUGCUUUAUCCAAGUCUCAAAACCGUCUAUAGAAAAUUGUUUCUCCAAACAUGGGUCUCGUUUUAAGGAGACGAAGACAGAUCUGCAAGUAGUGACAGGUUAUGUAGCCAUUGCUAAGAAUCCUUGUCUUCACCCAGGGGAUGUAAGGAUUCUAGAAGCUGUUGAUGUACCCGAGCUGCAUCACAUGUAUGACUGCCUACUUUUUCCUCAGAAAGGCGAGAGGCCACAUACAAACGAAGCUUCUGGCAGUGACCUUGAUGGCGACCUGUACUUUGUGGCUUGGGAUCAGAGACUCAUCCCUCCCAGCAGAACAAGCUUUCCCGCCAUGCAAUAUACUGCAGCUGAAGAAUCCAGUAAGGGCCGUCCUGUCAACCACCAGGUCCAAUAUCUAGUAAUGAUUUCUUUGUUUUACUUUCUUUUCUACGACAAAGACUUUGGUAAUUGGUCGGUUUUGUUACAGGACAUAAUAGAGUUCUUUGUCAAAAACAUGGCGAAUGAGCAUUUGGGUACAAUAUGCAAUGCACACGUCGUUCAUGCUGAUAGAAGUGAGUAUGGAGCCAUGGACGAAGAGUGUUUGCUACUGGCGGAACUAGCUGCCACAGCAGUCGAUUUCCCAAAGACAGGGAAGCUGGUGACAAUGCCUUUCCACCUGAAACCGAAACUCUACCCUGAUUUCAUGGGAAAAGAAGAGUACCAGACUUACAGGUCGAAGAAGAUCUUGGGUCGGCUUUACAGACGUGUAAAAGAGGUUUACGACGAAGAUGCAGAAGCUUCCUCAGAAGAAAACUCAGACCCGGGUGACAUCCCUUAUGACACUGAUCUCGAAGUACCAGGAUUUGAAGAUUUCGUCCCUGAGGCAUGGGGUCACAAAUGUAGCUAUGACGGGCAGCUAAUUGGUCUUCUCGGGCAAUACAAGGUGCAAAAAGAGGAAGAGAUUGUGACGGGUCACAUCUGGUCCAUGCCUAAAUACACAAGUAGCAAACAAGGCGAGCUGAAAGAAAGACUGAAGCAUUCUUAUAACUCCCUGAAGAAAGAGCUGAGGAAAGUAUUCGAGGAAACAAAACCGGAGCACGAGAGUCUCAGCGAAGAAGAAAAGAACGUCAUGUAUGAGAAAAAGGCUUCAGCUUGGUAUCAUGUCACUUACCAUCCCGAGUGGGUGAAGAAGUCUACAGAGCUGCAAGAACCUGGUGAGUCGUCUGGUCAUGCGGUGAUGCUGAGCUUUGCUUGGAUUGCAGCUGAUUAUCUUGCGAGAAUUAAAGUCCGGUCAGGGGAAAUGGGAAUGAAAAUGGACUCGGCCAAACCUGUUGAUGCUUUGGCUAAGUAUCUUUCUCAACGUCUCUAAAAGUUAACGUUCGGAGCCGUAAGGCCACUCUGCCAUGUAUCUGCGGGAAACAGAUACACUUCAAUGUUUGUUAUAUAACUAGUUUUGGAUGUGCUUUGUGUUCUUGUGAAAACUGUCUCUCUAUGUGAUUGGAGAAACAAACUGCUUGCCGUUUACCAUCUAAACUGGUUUUACUUGUGGUUAUGUAUUUUACUGAUUUUAUGUUGUGGACCAAAAUUGGCUUCGGGUUUGGUUAAACAAUAUGCUCUUUUCAGCUUCA